AUUCAAAAAAGUUGGAGCGAUUUUGGACUCUUGAAAACGGCAUUUCGCAGUUGAGCCGCCACCGUGAAUUACGAUACAGCAGCCGGUAGCCGGAGGAGAGUUUUCGAUCGGAAUCAAUGGAGAUCCUUCCUAUUUCGGUUGAUUCUUAUAAUUUAGGAUUCAUCGGAGCUGGAAAAAUGGCCGAGAGUAUAGCGAAGGGAAUUGUUCAAUCUGGCCUCUUACCUGCUUCUCGAAUCUCCACGGCUGUUCACUCUAACCCUAGUCGCGGCAUUGCUUUCGAAUCUUUCGGGGUUCGAGUCCUCCCGAAGAACGACAACGUGGUUGAAGAAAGUGAUGUGAUCAUCUUCUCUGUUAAACCUCAAGUCGUUAAGAAUGUGGUGUUGAAACUGAGGCCUCAACUCUCGAGGAAGAAGCUUUUGGUUUCGGUUGCUGCUGGAGUAAAGCUACAGGAUCUGCAGGAAUGGGCAGGUCAUAACCGAUUCAUUAGAGUUAUGCCAAAUACCCCAGCGGCUGUUGGUGAGGCUGCAUCAGUUAUGAGCCUUGGAGAAGGUGCGUUAAAGGAGGAUGGACAACUAAUAGCUAAAUUAUUUGGAUCUGUGGGUAAGAUAUGGGAGGCUGAUGAGAAAUUGUUUGAUGCAAUCACUGGUCUGAGUGGUAGUGGACCAGCAUACAUAUUCCUAGCAAUUGAAGCUUUGGCUGAUGGAGGAGUCGCUGCAGGUCUACCACGAGAACUUGCCAUGGGUCUAGCUUCACAAACUGUGUUAGGUGCAGCCUCCAUGGUCACUAAAACUGGGAAGCACCCAGGACAGCUUAAAGAUGAUGUUACAUCACCCGGUGGAACCACCAUUGCUGGUAUCCAUGAACUAGAGAAGGGAGGACUUCGUGGCAUGUUUAUGAACGCUGUGGUCGCUGCUGCUAAGCGUGGCCGAGAACUUGGCCCAAAGUAGUUGCAAGAUUUAACUUCCAAGUAAAGGUUAGUAGUAAUUUAUUUGCUUUCAAGUCUUGAAGAGAUGAGGAAAUAAGCUAUAACAAGUAGAGUCUAGGAAGCUUUAGAAUUAAUGUUGAUAGUUGGGGCAAUUAUUAGUUAUCUUCUACACGUUCUCCUUAACAAUAUAGAUAAAGAAACCUAAUCUCCCACUCUUAUAGGUUAAUUUUUUUGGCAAAGAUUCCCUCUCUUCUUGAAAACAUUUGAAUUUGUGCUGGGACUGAUUCUACUCUUUAUCUCUUAUUAUCACCAACUCCAGAAAAGGAAUAAUAAAAAGAAAGAAGCAUUGGUUUUCCUA